GCAACUCAUCUCCUCAUCCAUCGGUGUGAUACCUGCGAGAUCCACCUGGACGGCCUUUCCCUUAUUGUCCGAAACUCUUCUCUUUUUUGUUUGUGUUUGCUGCCGUUUCUUUCGACUUUGGUUCUCUUGAUUCUCUAGACGGGAGUCUGGUCUCGAUUCUUUGUCUAUUCCGUAUUUCUCUGGGUUGCAGCCCCAGCCCGCUCAACACGCACACCCUUCCCCGUAGUCACUGUCUUUGACCCUUACCGCGAGCGAGACCACAUCCUUUUGUCAUGGCUGAUGAUGAUGCUGAGAACGCCUUUUUCAAGGCUCAGGCAAUGAAUGCGGACUCUGUGGACUACAAGGCUGUUGAAGAGCAGGGUGCAGAUAGUUCAGAUUCAGAUGAUUAUGACCCUUCAAAAACACUGCAAGAUCAGUAUUCUGUUUCCUUGACAGACUCCAAGCAAAGUGAAAAUGUUCCUCCAGUUGCUUCUUCCGAUUCCACCCCUCCACCAGACCAGCCCUCUUCUUCCCUUGCCCCUGAAACAGACCCUAGUCAGCAAGAUGGCAGCAAUACCCAUCCUUCCCAAACACCUUCCCGAGCCGAGUCUCAGGCAUCAACAUCUGGCCUUGCUACCGGGGCUUCUGUUCCGCCCAAGACCAGGACGAUUGGAGGGUUUGUGGUUGAGGAUGAGGAUGAGGAUGAUGCGGGUGAUGCGGAUUAUGAGCCACCGGCUGUACUAGGCGUCGAUGACAUGAAUACUAUACCUUCGCAACCCAUUUCAGGAAAUGCAAAUGAAGCUACUUCUACCCCUGAUGUAUCAUUGGAUGAGCCUGCGCAGGAGUCUGCCAGCGUCAAGAAUGUCCCUAAUAACUCUUUCCCUGCUGCUUCUAAAAAUGAUGCGCCUGUGGCUACGGGCCAGGAGUUGUACAACGCGCGUACUAUACAGCCGGACAGCGCACAGGAGAGCAAUGCAGCUACUCCCCAGCCGGAAUCGCCCUCCAUGGCCAAGGGUCGCCUGCCGCACGAUCGGAUUGGCAUCCUGGAGGACCGGAUCAAGGAGGAUCCUCGCGGUGAUAUGCCUGCCUGGCUGGAGUUGAUUAACGAACACAGAAGCCGCAAUAGGAUCGACAAUGCUCGUGACGUCUAUGAGCGGUUCUUGAAAGUGUUCCCCUUCUCCGCCGAACAAUGGGUAGCCUAUGCGAACAUGGAAGCGGAGCUCAAUGAGCUCUUCCGUCUAGAACAGAUCUUCAGCCGGACCCUUUUGACCAUCCCCGAUGUUCAGCUGUGGUCUGUAUAUCUAGACUACGUUCGCCGGCGGAACCCUCUAACCACGGACACCACGGGCUCGGCAAGAAGAAUCAUCUCUGCGGCUUACGACCUAGCCUUCCAACAUGUCGGCGUCGACAAGGAUUCGGGCUCCAUCUGGUCCGACUACGUCCAGUUUAUUCGUUCGGGCCCUGGAAAUGUCGGAGGCUCCGGUUGGCAAGACCAGCAAAAGAUGGACCUGCUCCGGAAAGCUUAUCAAAAAGCCAUCUGCGUCCCGACCCAGGCUGUCCACACGCUCUGGAAAGAGUAUGACCAGUUCGAGAUGGGAUUGAACAAGAUAACGGGCCGCAAAUUCUUACAGGAGCAGUCGCCGGCAUUUAUGACCGCUCGCAGUUCUUUCACCGAGCUGCAGAACAUCACGCGGGACCUGAAUCGCACAACGCUCCCCAGGCUGCCUCCGGUGCCUGGCUCUGACGGUGACGUAGACUAUGCGCAACAGGUCGAAAUCUGGAAACGUUGGAUCAAAUGGGAGAAGGGCGAUCCGCUCGUGCUGAAGGAGGAUGACGCCGCCACCUUCAAAGCGCGCGUGGUUUACGUCUACAAACAAGCUCUCAUGGCUCUCCGGUUCCUACCCGAAAUGUGGUUUGAGGCAGCUGAAUUUUGCUUCCUGAAUGACCUCGAGAAUGAAGGUAAUGAGUUCUUGAAACAUGGCAUAGAUGCAAAUCCGGAAAGCUGUUUGCUUGCAUUCAAGCGCGCCGAUCGGCUGGAAAUCAGCACGGAGUCGGAACAGGACCCCCUGGUGCGCGGUGCCAAAGUCAGAGAAGCUUACGACCGACUUCUCGAUUCGCUCUACGACCUAAUCGCCAAAGCUCGCACCCGCGAGGAGCAAGACGUCGCUCGCCUUGAAGAAACAUUCGCCAAGAUGCAACCCGAGAAGCCCCCGUCGAAGAAUGAUGACGACGACGAUGACCAGGAGGCAAAGGCGAGAGAGACUCUCAAGAACUCUCAGAUUGAGGCCGUCCGCAAUGCACAUGCGAUCCAAAUAGGCAUUCUUUCCAAGACCGUCUCAUUCGCCUGGAUUGCGCUCAUGCGCGCGAUGCGUCGCGUCCAGGGCAAGGGCACUGUCAACGAGAGGCCAGGAUCGAGAACGGUCUUCCAGGAUGCUCGGAAACGGGGCCGCAUCACGAGUGAUGUUUAUAUAGCAAGUGCUCUCAUAGAAUAUCAUUGUUAUAAGGACCCUGCCGCUACCAAGAUUUUCGAACGGGGUGCAAAGCUUUUCCCGGAAGAUGAGAAUUUUGCCUUGGAGUACUUGAAGCACCUCAUCGACAUUAACGAUAUCGUCAAUGCUAGAGCAGUCUUUGAGAUGACCGUGAGAAAGUUGGCCUCCAACCCGGACAACGUGCAGAAGGCUAAGCCCAUCUUUGCCUUCCUCCAUGAGUAUGAGUCACGGUACGGCGACCUUGUUCAAGUCAUCAGCCUCGAGGCCCGCAUGCGUGAACUGUUCCCGGAGGACCCAACUCUGGAGCAAUUCGCGCACCGAUUCUCGAGCCCGACGUUCGAUCCCACGGCAGUGCAUCCCAUUAUUUCACCCUCCCAGACUCGGCCCAAGACGGCGUAUGCGGCGGAUCAAAUGAUGUCCCGUCAUGGAACUCCCACUUCUCGAUUCCAAGAUCCGUCUGUGACAAAUUCGCCGAAGCGGCAAUUGGAAGAGUUCGAUGACGACAUGGGUCGUCCUCGCAAAUUCGUUCGGGCUGAGUCCCCCCUCAAAACCACCCAGAGACGCCAGCUGGAUCAGAAGCGGAAUCAGCAGCCGAUGGCUAGUCAAUCCCAGUUCAGAUCGCAGGGGUCACCGGCUCCUCUGCCCCGAGACAUCGUCUACCUUCUGAGUGUGAUUCCUCCAGCUUCCGCAUACAACGCUGGUCGAUUCUCCCCGGAGAAAAUGGUUGAUCUCAUUCGCAGAAUCGACAUGCCCGGCUCGGUCUCGCAGAUCCCCUUCCCUCGUGGGCUUGGAGCUGGGCAACCACCGCAACCUUUCCCUGGUGCCUACCGUUCAUAAUCUAACAGUCAUAUAAACACGUUAUUGUGCAAAUUUCUUUUUUUUUUAAUUCCCAUACGCGAAUGCGGCCACCAUUGCAUCUGCGCUGUCACUUUCGUUCUCGUUUUGGUUGCGACCCCGGCGCGGCUCUGGACUGUACAGUUGUUGGCUGUCGUUUGCAUUUGAUGAGUGGGCGUUUUCAAGCUUGACGAUCUCGUCGGUGGAUCUUUAUCUUUAGUUAUUCUCUUUUAAUCGCGACGGGCGGCUUUGUACAGAGUGUGGCCUCGGCUUCAAUCGUUAUGGUGGAAAGGGGAAAUCCAUAUCUUC